GAUGACAUCAUGGGCUAGGGAACAGUGAGCAGCCAGUGAAGCAUCCAGCCUGCCGAACAAGCUUGCUUUUAGGGUCAGGAACUGGUCUGACAAGAGAAUGGCAAUCCUGCCUUUAAACUGUCAUUAGGACUGUACGUUGACGAUGAAUCUACCAGAGCUCCGGGCUCAAAGACGAAACACUGAUCAAGAGAAUGUGAAGACAUAUUUCAGGACAUUGUGAGUGCUACUAAAGAUGUCUGAUAGUGUCGAUAUUGAAGAGAAACCACCAGCCCCCCCCUUGAGAAUGAACAGUAGUUCCAGAGACUCUUCAUUGUUGAAUCACGCCUCUAAACCGCUUCCAAUGGCUCCUGAAGAGAAAAACAAGAAGGUCCGCCUGCGCUCCAUCUUCCCCGGGGGAGACAAGACAAACAAGAAAAAGGAGAAGGAACGCCCUGAGAUAUCCCUACCUUCAGACUUUGAACACACCAUUCAUGUUGGCUUUGAUGCUGUAACAGGAGAAUUCACAGGUAUCCCAGAGCAGUGGGCACGGCUCCUACAGACCUCGAACAUCACUAAGCUGGAGCAGAAGAAGAACCCACAGGCCGUGUUGGACGUCUUAAAGUUCUACGACUCCAAAGAGACUGUCAACAACCAGAAGUACAUGAGCUUCACCUCGGGAGACAAGUCGGCACAUGGGUACAUAGCAGCAAACACUCUGAACCGACUGCUGUCAUCUGGGCCUCCUGUCAGCCUUAGAACCUGCAGCGCAUUAUUUGACAAGGCUGCCAAAACAUCAUCAUCAGAGCCUCCAAUCGCCCCACCCGUGUCAGAAGAGGAGGAUGAGGAAGAAGAGGAAGAAGAAGAGGAGGAGGAAGAAGAGGAUGAUGAGGACGAACUUCCCCCGGUCAUUGCGCCUCGGCCUGAGCACACCAAAUCUAUCUACACGCGCUCCGUCAUGGACCCACCAAAGCCUCCCACCCCAGUCAAAGAAGUGUUGACUCCUCCAGAGUCGCAGGUUCAACCGGAGAACACGUCCAACACAAUGUAUCGCCACACUGACCGCCAGAGGAAGAAGUCUAAAAUGACAGAUGAGGAGAUUCUGGAGAGACUCAGGAGUAUUGUGAGCGUGGGGGAUCCCAAAAAGAAGUACACACGCUUCGAGAAAAUAGGACAAGGAGCAUCCGGCACUGUGUACACUGCCAUCGAUAUAGCAACCGGCCAAGAGGUGGCCAUCAAGCAGAUGAACCUUCAGCAGCAACCCAAGAAAGAACUGAUCAUCAAUGAGAUCUUGGUGAUGAGGGAAAACAAAAACUCCAAUAUAGUGAACUACCUGGACAGUUACUUGGUAGGAGAUGAGCUAUGGGUGGUGAUGGAGUAUUUGGCCGGUGGUUCGUUGACAGAUGUAGUGACUGAGACCUGCAUGGACGAGGGCCAGAUUGCUGCAGUCUGCAGAGAGUGUCUUCAAGCCCUGGACUUCUUACACUCCAACCAGGUGAUCCAUAGAGAUAUAAAAAGUGACAACAUCCUCUUGGGUAUGGACGGAUCUGUCAAGCUCACCGACUUCGGCUUCUGUGCCCAGAUCACUCCAGAGCAGAACAAGCGCAGCACAAUGGUGGGAACGCCCUACUGGAUGGCACCGGAGGUGGUGACUCGGAAGGCUUAUGGCCCAAAAGUGGAUAUCUGGUCUCUGGGAAUCAUGGCAAUAGAGAUGGUGGAGGGAGAACCGCCCUACCUGAAUGAGAAUCCACUCAGGGCGCUGUACCUGAUAGCUACCAACGGGACUCCAGAGCUGCAGAACCCAGAGAGGCUGUCAUCUGUGUUCAGAGACUUCCUCAAUCGCUGUCUGGAGAUGGACGUGGACCGCAGAGGCUCCGCCAAGGAGCUGCUCCAGCAUUCCUUCCUCAAGCUGGCGAAGCCUCUAUCCAGCCUGACGCCUCUGAUUGUAGCUGCAAAGGAAGCCAUAAAGAACAGCAGUCGCUAGGGUGUGCCCUCUGUCCCCACCUGAGGCUGGAGCCCUGCCUGUGAUGUGUGCGUUCAUGGGGGCAGGGGCUUGGGUGUAUGGGUGGUGGGUGACGUGACAGUGACAGCACAAGGAGGGGGGUUUGUGUGACAUACAGUGACAGCACAAGGACAAAAGACCCCCAGGCCUCAUAUGUAGGACGGACAUCUGGCCUUGCAGCCUCUUGGCCAAUGCUGCUGAACAGACCUUGCCUCCUCGUUUACUUCUCCAGCAAUCUGUACAUGUAGAGCAGUCCAUCACAAGUAUGUGUGUGCGUGUGUGGGUAUGUGUGUGUGUGUGUGUGUGUGUGUGUGUGUGUGUGUGUGUGUGUGUGCGUUCAAACUGUGCACAUCUCUUUGUGUCAUAUGUCUUGUUUGGCAGCAGUCACUCUCCAAACUAAGAAAAAAAUCAUAAAGAAAAUGUGCUCAUUUUCAAGAAGAAACGUCAGGAGCUAAGAGGAGAAUCUGACGAAACUGAAGAGCCUGUGACUCCUCCCCUGUCCAGCUUUAGGCUUGGUUUUCUUUCCUGUAGUCCCUCCAUGGAGCACAAUCAGGCCACACUUGCACCUGCAGUGACCAGCUGAUGUGAGAGAGUGACUCUGGGACCCAAUCUUUGCCUGCAUGACUAUGGCUCUGUGAAGAAACAUUGCUACUCCUCUGCGGAUUGUCACAAGGUGGCAUAUUUAUGUGUAUGUGUGUGUGAGUGAAUGUGUGUAGGGGUGCAGCUACAGGGGAAACAUUCAAGAAUAAUUUCACAUGACCUAUGCCAGCUUUAAACAUCUUUCAUUAAUCCGCUUCACAUUGGUGAAGAGAUACGGGUCUCUUAUUUCAUUUGAGCCCACUUCUCUCAGUGUCUGCCGUAGAGUCACUGGAGUUCACGUUAUCUGCAGUUCAUUUGCAGGUUUUCUCUCUAAAACUGGCUACAUGUUAUCAGCUUUAAUGCUCUGAAUAUUUAAAAAUACUGAAACACUGUUAGGGCACAAUUUGUCUACAUAAAACAUUGAAUUUAACCAGAACUAUAAUGUGAUCCAGCUGUAGAUCAUACAAGCAAAUAUUUGAUUCUAAAUAUAUAAUAGAGGAAAGUGAUACAUAUUCAGUUGUUUUGGUGGUCAUUUUUGUGAUGUAGUUAGAGACACUUGCACUGACAUGUAGAUGAUGUGUCGCACACCUAAAUCACUCUCGGAAAACUAUUAGAAUGACUAUAAAAUGGUGCCAGCUUCAUUGUCCAAUGUGAAAAAUUCAGCAAAUCAUUCUUAAAUGCAUUCAUACAUAAUUCAAACUGUAGCAUUCGGUGUGUACAAGCAUCUCAAAUAGGAUUAUUUAUAGAUAUUCAGUAUGUGUGUCUUAAUGAAUGUCAAUCCCUGCUUUUUAUUAUAUCAGGCAAUUAAGUAUGAAAUACUGUAGAAGUAAAAACAAAUUCUAAAUCAGAGACUCAACAGAAAUAUACAUGUUUUCAUUUAAAUAUCUAUAUUUGAUGAGGGAUUUUCCUUUUUGAGCUGCUGGCACACAGUGGAUUGACAUUAAAGCCUUUAUUCUAAAACUGUGGCAAACAGAAGGUCAUGUAAUUAUUUACCUACAGAGAGUUAGAGGUCUAGUGCCACACUUUGUCACAGUUUCUCAUAGUGCCCCAAGCAUCCCUGUGACCUUAAACCCUUAGCAGGAAAGAUGCGCGCGACAAAAAAAACAUGCAAACAUAAGAUACGCUGAACAUAUUCAGUCCAAAAUGAUCAGUCAAACCGGCAAACACACGGAGGGAGAAACACAUUUUCUUCAUCAUGUAAUUAAUCAAUUAUUUAAUCAGCUAUUUGUGGUGACUUAAAAUGAUUUUCCCUUUGAGAGACAUCUAAACUUUAAAGUAUGAAAGGAAAUGUAAUAUGCAGAUAAAAGAAGUAACUUCAGUUUAAAUGUGAUGAAAGUGAUGAGAAUUCCUCAUUAUUAAGUCUUCUUAUAUUGCAGAAUACAUUAUAUGACUGUGAUGUUUGGAUUAAGUGCUAACCAAAAUCCUGACCUGCCUGUUCAGGUGAAAAUACUGAAUAUACACGGAUAUUCACGUCUAAUGAGGCACCAGUUGUCCUCCUCGCCCACCCUCAUCCCCUCCCUGUCCUCUCCUUUGGUAUUUAAGAUGCUGCUCAUUCAUGCUUCAGUGUCCUUUUCGUCCUUUAAUGGUGUCUUAUGUGACUUUCUUUCAUAUGCUCUUUUCUUUUUGAAGUGGCGUUUUUGGAACGUGUGGCGGAUUAGAGAGGGGGAAUGUUAUCCACUGAGCGAAGUACCAAGUGCCAUUUUAUGAUUGUACCUUGUCCUGAUGAGCACUGAAAACAGAAACUGAAGUAGAGGCUCAUAUUUUUUGCUAACGUUCCUUCCAUACAUGGUUAGCGUUUAAACUCAUUCCUGUACAGAAGUUAUCUACUUUGUGUUGGUGUUUGGUAGCUUUGUCAGGCAUUUCCCGUGUAGCAUCCCUCCGUGUGUGAGUGGUGUGUGUUUUUGUGUGUUAGGGGGCUACCUCAAUCUGCACUAGAAGAUGCCUCACUCGUGUUGUCCACCUUAACUUUGAGGUGCAGGGUAGCUGCUUAGUCAUAUUGUACCUCCAUUGUACAGCAAAUGUACAGAAGAUGAAGGAGUGAUAUUAGACAGGAGGAUGCAACAGAACUCAUGCAUGUAAAACAAACUAUACACUGUAUCUCAUCUUCAAAUAGGUUAAGAUUGUUAGGAUAUGUAUGUAUGUAUGUAAAUAUGAUGGGAGAAAACCCCUUUUUUUCAGAAUUAUGUAACUUAAAAUGACAAUAUUCAGGUUGCUCUAUGGUAUGUAUCAAUAAAUGUUUUGCACCCUGGAAAAUCAAAAAAGACAAAAACAAACACACAAGCUGUCUCUGCACUCCUGGAUCCAGCUCUCCUGUUUGGGCUUUAUCGGACACUCCUUCAUCUGGACAGAGAGCCGAUGGAUGCAGCACUCUGUGUGCGGGCCCACACAGUCUGUCCUGAGUACCACUGCUGUGUGUUAGUACAUGUAUGUGUGUGUGCGGUAGGUGUGGGUGGCCUGUCAGGAAGCUCCUCGGGCCCUGGGACGUUUGGCCUCUGCCCCAUGUACAGGUCUGAACUAUGAGCACAAAGGUGAAUUUCGGGACAAGAGACACUGCUGACCUGCCCCUUUUCUGUGGUUGCUCCUGUACAUUCCUAUCUUCUGAAUGUGUAAACCUGUACAUGUGGUGUGAAAAUUCCUCUAUUAAUGUGUAUCAAGAGAAUGGAACAAAGACAAAAAAUGUUACUUUUUAAAUUAUUAUUAUCAUUAUUAUUAUUAUUACUCUUAUUAUUGUCUAGCUUUGUAAAACUGCUGAUCCAUCUGGCAUACCUCAGCAGGCCCUUCCCCAUCUUUGAAAAAGGACAAAUGAGUGACGGGGAAAUGAGGUUUUGGAUAAACUAUUUUUAAUUGUGGUUGAAGCAAUAGACUUUUUGAACUUUGAAUUGUGCAUGGCUGUGUCUUGAGUGUAAAAAAACAAAAUAUUGCAGUUUGGGAACUGGACUGAAAUAAAGGAGGAAGAAAACCAGA